GCUGUAGAUUCCACCAUCAUUGUUCCCAGCUUGGAGCUCCAACGAUUUAAUCUCAGCUAUAAAGUCGCGACCUCGUUGCAUUAGCUGACUUGUUCCUCCAGGCCCUCGUUACUCGCAUAGGGACACAUCUCGCCACCCCGCAUUUACGCAUUAGCUUGGUGUCCCCGGUGCGCAGCACGCGCCUCAUCCGGGGUGAGAAUAGCAUCGAGUACAGAUGUUCAACCCUGUCCCUGUGAAUCAGCUAUCCCUGAUGACACGGCGGAGGAAUGGAAUCGAUACGCGACGCGUUUUUGUUGUUAUUUGUUUUAAAUUAGAAUAGGGCUGUAUUUUGCUCAUGCGCCGCGCGCGUCCCGUAUUUUGCCGCCUUCGGGGUCCAAGGUUUACGGCAGAUGCAGAGAAACGGCAUUAUGCGAGAUCGGAUUCCAAAUUGGGACUGCGAGGUUGUAGGCCGUCUUGGAGGUGUCCAGGCGAGGGCGGGCUCGAGGGUAUAUAAACCAUGUUUUUUACCGCACUCACAGUCAUCUCAUUCGUUUGUUCGACCAAGACGCGUCGUCAUUCCUCCAAUAUCCAUUACAUCCCACAAAACCAUCCGUCCGAGCGCGCACAUUGUCCACGGCACUUUCAACACGGUAAAGGCACCUUUCUGAAUGACCAGCCACACCAUUAAGGCAAAUGCCAACCAUACUCUGUCUAUCCUCGCCUUUAUUCUACGCGUCAUUCUCUGUUCUAGAUGCCCCAAACGGAGCGCCUUGAAUGUUGCUGAGGGAGGUCAGGCAGAUCAACAGUGUACUGACUUGCUGGCAAGACCUACUACAGCAACACGCGGGCCCGCUCCUUCGCCAUGCACCGUUGCAAACCAAGAAACACCGGGGACGCCACAUGCGAUUCUGUCCCCCCAGGUCCAGCCGAUUCAACCUGCUCCCAUCUCCCCGAGUCGACCGAUCCCCAUACAGGAUGCAGAGGCUCGUCGUCCCGUCAGGCGCGAAGUAAGGUUCAUCCUGCCUGGGGAAGUUGGCAGCGUAGGUUUCGAGUCGCAUGCGUCUUCCAUCAGCAACAGCUUGGAUGAUAAUGCCGAAGAUUUGUUGUUUACGAUGGAACUAUGAUUCUCUGAGCGGGCUAUCCCUCACUGUUCAUUACACUCAAUCUUAGUCUAAUUUUCACGUUCUCUCUUUGUCAUUUACUACGUACCCCAGUUCUUUCCCUCAAUCGCCCUCUGACAUU